CACGGAGACACCGAGAGUAGGAUAUAUCAUAUAACAUCCUCUUCAGAAAAACCCUAAACCCCUCGUAAAACGACUGAGCAUGUCAUUACCUCCAAAACCCUAAAACAACCGGAGAGCAGGGGAAGACAACUUUUAACACCUAUUUCUACCCCUCUGGAAUCGCUGGUUGCUAUCUGUUCUUCGCAAUGGCGUUGUAUGCACUAUUUGAAUCUUCCUCUGGGUACGCCCUCUUUCUGGCACACGGCAUCGAUGAAAUCGGACAGAACACUGAAGCAGUUCGGAGUUCUGUUGUGGAUCUAAAUCGGUUCGGGAAAGUGGUCAAGCUUGCAGCAUUCUAUCCAUUCGAGUCUGCACUUGACGCUCUAAACCAAUGCAACGCUGUUUCUGAAGGACUUAUGACCGAGGAGCUGAGGAACUUUUUAGAACUCAAUCUCCCUAAAAUUAAGGAAGGUAAACAGGUCAAAUUCAAACUAGGAGUUGCUGAGCCAAAGAUUGGGUCACAUAUUUCAGAAGUUACUAAAAUUCCUUGCCUGAGCAAUGAGUUUGUGCUUGAGAUUCUUCGUGGUGUUCGAUUGCAUUUUGACAGGUUUAUCAAGGACCUUAAGCCUGGUGACUUAGAAAAGGCUCAGCUUGGUUUGGGGCACAGUUACAGCAGGGCAAAGGUUAAGUUCAAUGUGAACAGAGUUGACAAUAUGAUUAUUCAAGCAAUCUUCCUCCUUGAUACUCUUGAUAAAGAUAUCAACUCCUUUUCUAUGCGAGUCAGAGAGUGGUAUUCAUGGCAUUUCCCUGAAUUAGUGAAGAUUGUCAAUGACAACUAUCUUUAUGCCAAAGUUGCAAAAUAUGUGGAGGACAAAUCAGAACUAUCUGAGGACAAAAUCCCGGGCUUAGCUGAGAUACUUGGGGAUGAAGACAAGGCAAAAGAGAUUGUUGAAGCAGCAAAAGCUUCAAUGGGACAAGAUUUAUCCCCAAUUGACUUGAUUAAUGUCCAGCAAUUCGCCCAGAGGGUUAUGGACCUCUCUGAAUAUAGAAAGAAACUUUAUGAGUAUUUGGUGACUAAAAUGAAUGACAUUGCACCAAAUUUGGCUUCUCUAAUUGGUGAAGUUGUAGCGGCUCGUUUGAUUUCUCAUGCUGGCAGUCUCACAAAUUUGGCCAAAUGCCCAGCUUCUACUCUUCAAAUUCUUGGUGCUGAGAAGGCACUCUUCAGGGCAUUAAAAACACGAGGGAACACACCAAAGUAUGGCCUCAUAUUCCAUUCGUCUUUUAUUGGCCGGGCAUCUGCUAGAAAUAAGGGUCGUAUGGCUCGGUAUCUUGCCAACAAAUGUUCUAUUGCAUCUCGCAUUGACUGUUUCUCAGAGAUGAACACUACUGUUUUUGGAGAGAAGCUCCGUGAACAGGUUGAGGAACGACUUGACUUUUAUGACAAGGGGGUUGCACCUCGCAAGAAUGUUGAUGUGAUGAAAGCAGCUAUUGAAAGUGUUCAGAACAAAGAUGAUGAGGAUACUGCGCCAAAUACAGAAAAUGCAGAUGGUGAAGUUUCUCUAAAGAAAAGCAAGAAGAAGAAAUCUAAAGAUGAAGCUGCUGUGAAUGGUGAGCCUAUGGUGGUGGAUGAGGCUAUGGCUGUUACAAAUGGAGAUGCUUCACCAGGAACAGAAAAGAAAAAGAAAAAGGAGAAACGUAAGUUGGCACAGGAGCAGGAUCAUGUUCAGGCUCCUGAAAGUUUAGGUGCUGUGAAUGGGUUCAACUCAGAUCAGGAAGGAACAACCAAGAAGAAGAAAAAGAAGAAGAGCAAAGACGUAGACACGGAAGAUCAAGAUAUCCAGAGUGCAAGUGAAGUGAAGAAAAAAAAGAAAAAGAAGUCGAAAGGUGACGAUGAAGAGUGAAUUCUUGAUAAAGAUGUUGCUUAGUUUAAUUACGUAUCCUUGUAGACUGCUGCUUUUAUAUUGGAUUUUUCUGGGUAACUCCACCUUUAUCCUUGAUGAUUUCUUCAAUCAAAUAGUCAGCCUGCAGCUAGGUUAACAUGCAUUCCUAGCAGUUUAGCUUUAAGUAUUUGACCUUUUCCUUGGCUAGCAAGUGAUAAAGCAGACGGUGAGUUAUUCUCUAAUUACUAUCUCAUGACAUUUGUUUCAUUAUUUUAUUCCCAACGGACGAACGUUAAAUCCCCAUGGUGUUGUAUGAUGUAUCAGGUCGAAGUAUAACGGUGUAAAACAGACGAGCAAAAAUUCCUAA